CAGGUCGAGAACGUGGCAUUAUGCAAAAUUACGCGUCUCUACAAGAAGCUUACGAUAAUGAGGAACAAGGAAUUCUUUACCACGUAGCAGAGCCGACACGAUCAAAAUGGAACCACAUAGAAGAUCUGGAUUCCUUCUUUUCUCGGAUGUACAAAUACCAUCAGAAGCACGGUUUCUUGUGCAUGUUCCUGCAGGGGAGUUUCGAAAUAUUUCAAUUCAUGUUUGUAAUAAUGCUAACAACAUAUCUUGUAUAUGGUAUAGAUUACCAAGUAUUGUUUAACUAUAAUCAUAAUGUCACGAAACCGACUUUACCUGAUGUGAUAUUACCGAUAGGAAAAUGCGUUGCCAAUUUUGGUGUUAUAUGGUGGUGUCUCAUGAUUGUCGCAGGAGCUGCUUUGAGUUUGAAGUUUUUGAAUAAAUGCUAUCAGAUAAUUCACUUUUGGGACAUCAAGCAAUUUUAUAACACUGCCCUUGGCAUUGAGGAUAAAAAUCUCGAUAACCUAACCUGGCACGAUAUUGCAAUGAAGAUCAAAGCUGUCCAAUUGGAGCAACAGAUGUGCAUUCAUAAGCGAGAACUGACAGAACUGGAUAUUUAUCAUAGAAUCCUCAGACAAGAAAAUUACUUUGUAGCAAUGGUUAAUAAAAAAUUACUUCCACCACGAAUGCGCAUACCAUUUAAUGGUGAAGUAGUGUAUUGGACGAAAAGCCUUCGAUACAACAUCCAAGCUCUGUUGUUUUGGUCUCCUUGGGCUCCAUUCGAGAACCCUUAUCAUUUGCGUGAAGACUACAAGAAGCCACAUCUUCGUCAUGAAUUAGCAAAGCAAUUGGGUACGCAAAUUUUGUGGUUAGCAGGGCUUAAUACCAUGUUCAUACCUAUUUUGGCAGUUUGGCAGUUUCUUUUCACUGUCUUCGGCUAUGCCGAGGUUUUGAGACGUGAACCAGGACGUAUAGGAAUAAGAUUUUGGUCGCUAUACGCAAAAUUAUACCUGAGGCACUUCAACGAACUUGACCAUGAGUUACACGCGCGGCUCACAAGAGCAUACAGACCUGCUUCGAAGUAUCUGGCAGCUUUCAGCAGUCCCAUAAUGACUAUUAUUGCGCAACAUGUCGGGUUCAUGUGUGGCGCGCUUUUCGCAGUCAUAUUAGCUUUGGCAUUAUAUGAUGAAGAUGUUCUCGCUCUGGAGCACGUUCUAACGUUAAUGACGGUCCUGGGCUCUGUAGUUGGAAUAUGCCACACCAUCAUACCUGACGAGACAAUGGUUUGGUGUCCAGAAACUUUGCUUCAAAAUGUCGUCAUGCACACACACUACCUCCCGCCAAACUGGAAAGGACAAGCUCAUACGUCUAAGAUUCGAGAGGAGUUCCAGCAGCUAUUUCCAUAUCGCGUAACGACGUUACUCGAAGAAUUGGUGUCUUCAAUAAUGACUCCAUAUUUCCUGGUGGCCUGGCUGUACCCGAGAAGACUGGAUAUUGUGGAUUUUUUCAGAAAUUUCACAGUGUCUGUCGUUGGUGUCGGAGAUGUAUGCAGCUUCGCGCAGAUGGACGUUAAGAAACAUGGCAAUCCUGACUGGCAAAUCAAAGAAGCAACUGGUAGUGCUGAAGUGCCGGACCAAUAUGCACAAGGCGAAAACGGAAAGGUGGAAUUAUCUUUGGUCCACUUCGCCACGACAAAUCCGACAUGGAUCCCGCCACCAGAAGCUGAAGAGUUCAUCGAAACGGUUAACGAAGAGUCUGAACCAUACUACGAGCAAAGCGACAUGAUUUUCAACAGUUUCCAAAACAUGAUGGGGUCCAGUUCACUGUACGACAACAUGCAAACUCCUUCAGCCAUGAACUUCAAGAGUCGAAUGAACAGCCUAGCCAACGCACGCGCUUCUCGCUACGAUGGUACUCAAUCGCAGACACGUGGUAUCACAUCACGGCCACUUCGACAAUCGGUUUACAUGUCCGAGGGACCGGAUGUAAUGUCACCCAUCGCCAUGACAACGAGCGCCGUCGCAUUGCACGAUCGAUAUCACAACAGACUGUCAUUGUCCGUUAGGUCCGUGGAAGAGACCACGCCCUUGUUAAAGCCAAAACCUACACUCUAGUCAUAAUUUUUAACCAAUGGCCUGUAUAUAUUUAGAUAUAUAUUUUACAAUAAAAUAACGAAGUGUACAUAUUUUCGAACCGUUCUGACAUUGGAUAGAAUGUUAUUUCAUUUAUUGGAUAGUGAUCCAGAUGUCUCUGUUACGAUAUUUAUUUAUGGGGAUUUGCAGAGAAUGUUUGGGGAUAUUAUAUAGUUUUGGGAUGACACGCUAGGAGUGUCGGAUAUAACGUAAGUACUGUAUCUGAAGGGUUGUUUCCUUUUAUCGGGCUUGGGCUAAAACGCACAUUUAUCUAUUACCGUAAAGCUGCUGUAUGCACUCAGUCCCUCUGUACCAAAAUGUAUAUAAGAUGUAUAUAACACGUUCUAUAAACGUAAUUUGUCUUAAACAAACCUCGUAUGUAAAUAUUUUUUUGGUAGUGAACUUACCAAGGGAUAAUCCUUGUAACUAUACGUUUUUAUAACUAAUUUAAUAAAAAAUAUGUGAAUUUAUCGAAGUUAGUAUCGUAGAUCUUCAAAAAUAAUUUGAGAUUUAGCAAUGCUCCAAUUUACCAUAUACUAAAUACACUCAUCGGGACAUUCGUUUCUCUGAGAUUCCCUUCAAACUAUAUGUAACUACAUAUAUGUUGUGAUCUCACCUCACCACAAAAAGGUAUAGCAGUUUUAUACAAACUUACUUUUCGUCUAGUAAAGUUGGGAACUUCACUUGUGUGCCCAAUAACCAUUAAAAGGAAACGACUAGAUAAUCCACAGUCAAAAAGCCUACAAUAGUUCAAGGAUUGCUGUUUUUAUGCAAAUUUCAGUGAAUAAACAUAUUUAAUUACUAACAGAA